CAGCCAUCCUCCCGUCUCGGCGUGUCAAUUGAUUGCCCACCAUGGUUCUCCCCAUCCUAAGAACCCUCAGCGACUGCGCCGACUACCACAAGACCAUCGAGCCCUAUCUUCCGCAGCUUUACACGCUGCCCCAGAAGCUCGUCGACAAUGGCGCCAGCAUCGAAGGUCUCCAGCGAAUCUAUGCUGAAACAAACCCCUUCAUGUUUGCAUUCAGCAUGUCCGUCUUUAUCGGCGCGGCGGCUUUGGUUGGCUCGGAAAUCAUGAGAAAUUACUCGCAGAUUGACUGUCUCUGGAGCAUUGUGCCCAAUCUCUACAUUGUCCAUUUUGCGGUCUGGGCACGUGUUGCUGGUCUCCCUCACUCCCGUCUGGAUCUCAUGGCUCUCGCAACUACCAUUUGGAGUAUCCGUUUGACUUACAACUACGCACGAAAGGGCGGAUACAACAUUGGCGCCGAAGACUACCGAUGGAAAAUCAUCAUGAGCAAGGUCAACGGCUUCGUCUUCUUCAUCUUUAACGUUACCUUCAUAUCCUUCAUCCAGAGCAUCUUGCUCUUCCUCUUCUCCGGCUCGGCUGCCUACGUCGUCCUUCUCACAACCCAGUUCGAGCCCGAAAUCACAACUGCUGACAUGGGCUACUUUGGUUUCAUACUUGCCCUUGUCUUUAGCGAAUGGGUCAGCGAUGGCCAACAGUGGAACUACCAAACCGCCAAGUACCAGUAUCUUGAGACUGGAAAGGUUCCCGCUGGAUUCACCAAGGCUGAUCUGGAUAGAGGAUUCAUCACCUCCGGCAUGUGGGCGUACAGCAGACAUCCCAACUUCUUCGCUGAGCAGGCCAUUUGGUUUGUCUUGUACCAGUGGAGCUGCUUCGCUUCCAGCUCUCUCUACAGCUGGGCUGGUGCUGGUUCCCUCGCCCUCAUUCUGCUCUUCCAGGGCUCGACAUCCUUCACCGAAUCCAUCUCAAGCGCCAAGUACCCGGCCUACGCAGACUACCAGAAGCAGGUUGGCGUUUUCUUCCCCACGUCAUUCUCCGGCUACAAGCCCAGUGGCCCCAAGGUUAUCCGCACCAGCGAGUUGGCCAAGAAGGCGAAGAAGAACUAAGCAUCAGUAUGGUACGGUGGAUUGUGUAACGAACUGGAUAGUCUAUUGUAUCUUUAGUCUAUGAUCUUUAUCUCUAAUCUAUACCCUUUUUACGCGCAAUCUCUUAAAUCACUCAGUUUAUCGGCAUAAAACGACGGGACUGCAAUCGCAUCCUUCUUCUGCCAAUCUUCUUUGCUGUUGACACCCGUCAGCACAUGUAGAGUUCCUCCCAACUUGCCCUCGACACCAAACUUGAUGUCUGUGUUGAGUCUGUCACCAACCAUGCAGGUUCUAGCUCUGUCAAGCUGGAACUUGCCCUCAACGGCAUCCAUCAUUGCUUGACUGGGUUUACCAAGUGCGAGGGGCUCUCUGCCAAUGGCAUUUGUGAGAGGGAUGACAAUAGAUCCAGCACCAAGGAAGAGGUCCUUAUGCAUGGGGAGCGUGGAGUCGAGAUUGGUUGCGAGGAAGAGAGCGCCUUUACGCAGGUAAUGCAGUCCGUGAAUCAACUUGAGGUAGUUGAUGUGGAAAUCCAAGCCACAAAGAACAACUCCAACCUCGGGAUCAAGCAACGAGCCAUCCGCCAGUCCGGCAAAGUCUUCUGGGGUGACAUCUCGGCGCAUCGCAGGAUCUGUGCCGCCGAUAAAGGGCACGCCUUCGGAAGCGAGUUCCUGUUCCAUGCCCGCCUCACCAAUGGCAAAGACCUUGUUUUUGCCCUCGGGAAGCUUGAGGAUGCGGGAGAUGUAGAUGGAAGCGGAGUAUGAGGAACCAAAAACGUCAUCAGGUGUGCACUCAAUGCCCAUGUUAGCCAGCUUCUUGACGUAAUCUUGGCGGGACUUUGUCGAGUUGUUUGUUACGAAGACUGUGCGCUUUCCUUUGGAGCGCAACAGCUCUAAUGUUUCCGGAACUCCCUCGUAAACAUGGUCACCUGACCACAGGACGCCUAUAUCAUAAGUUAGAGGGACAAUAUUUGACAUUGGCGAUCGGCACACAAACCAUCACAGUCGAACAAGAAGGUCUAUUUGACGUCAGUAUGGCUGCUUCGGCUGGAGCGGGCAAGGUCUACAACCACGUACGUCAAACUUAUCAAUGAAUUCUUUGAUUCCUUGGCCGUUGCCAGUUAAAUAUUUAGGCUCUGCGCUCAUUGCGACGUUAUAUCGGCAGCAGGGAAGUUGGAUGAAGGCGACGAGAUAGGCUGCUUACCGUUUGAAAUUGGUGAGGUUAUGUCCACCAAUUAGCGCCGAUAGCGGGGUUUGGACAAAGGACGCUGUGCGUAAGAAAUGACAAUAGUAAAACGAGUAUUGCACAUGAUGGUAUCAAAAUUAAACGUCUUAUUUUAAUUAGAUAAAUUCAAGUUGUAAAAUUUCUUCUUAUUGGUCCUCAAAACACGCCGGGCAAAUCUUGGUGGUGGCUCUGCCGGGUAGCGCCUCCAGACGUCAUCUGUGACAUAACUCUGCAUCUUCGCCUAUAGCCCACUGCAUCGCAAAUGUAAUAUUAACGAGAUACUUUUGCCUAUAUGCAGCCUAGAAUGCACGCGUGAUCAUCUGGAACGCCUUUCGAAACCUUUUUCCAGUUGCAGGCCGCUCGACUGACGCUUCUACAAUGCUCCGAUAUGAUCCGAAGGUACAGGCGACAGCUAUUGUUACCAGCAUUGUUUAGCAUUUGAAAUCCUCUGCUCUUAUCUCCGUGCCUGAAAAUUGCCAUUAUCUUUUAGCCACGUCCUAUUAUGGUGGGCUAACGGUCAACGCCACCCGCGCGGUUAGCACGAAUCGCGGCCCUGAAAAGCUUUUAAACAAAAUUUCAUUAACAGCAAGGCAUAUUCGGAACUCUAAUAGUUUAAUAUAAAAGACCUCGCUGGUCCCUGUUGACACUCUCCUUACUCUCUUAUCACCUACCUUUCAACUACUGCAACCUCUGAUAUCUUCUUCAGAAGACCACAGCUCGCUUCACACACUACCACACAAUUACAAAAAUACCCAAAUACACGCAUACACACAGAUACUGGGAUGGAUUCUUUACCAGCGUCAGUUACAUCUCCAUCUGACGGAUAUUUCUCUGCGGCAUCUUCAUCAGCUAGCAGUCCCGUCAGUACCCCGUCAAUCUACAGUCACAAAACAAGAGACCAACUCAAGUUGAUCCCGGUGUUGGAUCGGGAUAUACCAAAGCCCGAGAACGAACUCAAUGUUGCUGAAGCUUUAACGAGAAAGCCUGGACGAUGGACAGUCCAGGGCCAAAUGAACGCAAACCAUCAACGAGAAGCGACGAUUGCUAUGACUAUACGCGAGAGCGAAGAAGAGUCUCGGAGAUCUUUUGAAAAAGCAAAACUAGAGCUCCUAGAUUCUCAGAAAAGUCUUGCUGCACGCUUUGGACGUCGGUAAUCAGGCUAUCGCGUUUAGGUUAUGAACUUUGGUAAUAGAAUGAGUUAGAAGCGAUCAGCCCUCAGAAGCGGGUAGUGAUCGAAACAGGCAACUGUAUUAAGAAGGGUGUCGGAACUAAUGUAACUUUGAAGGUUUUAUUUUUAGUAUGGCGUAGUAUCAGAUGUAUAGACUUUGGUUUUUUUUGGCCGAGUUCCCCGCCGGCUAAUACCUCGAAUUCAAUCAUGCGGAAGACGGUUUUCAUACGUGAUUGAACAGAGUGGUUACAGACGGUCAGCAACAGACUGGAUGCGAUAUCCAAGAGUAACACCGUAUGAUACAGCAGCAAUGAAAGUGCCGAGGUUAAGCAGUGAAGAAAUGCCGUGGAGCAUACCAAAACGCUUCGACAGUUUCUUCAUCGCUUCGGAUUUCUCACCUGGUUCAUACCACUCUUUUCCAUCCCGCUUACCUGUGAAAUUGUUAGCAUAUAUGCAAGGUAGCAAUAAUAAUCAGACAAACCUUGACCGUAUCGGUCCUUCAUGACCUUGCGAGAGGCGGGUAGCAGAACAGUGAGGUUAAAGGCACCACUAAUGACCAUGAACCCGAUGGGCACCAGAGAAGACCAACGGUUGCCAUCGUAGAGUAGUCCAGAAAUACCGGAUUCGAAACCGAGAAGGAUAUUUCCAGGGAAAGUCAAGGCGAGGAUUACCGGCGCCGCUGCUUGAAUACCAAAGUACAAAGGGAAGAGCUUUGUUUGGAUGGCAGAGAAGACAGGCCUUUCAGUAUUCUUGAAGAGAACCGGGCUAUUGAUAAAGGUCUGAGGCAAACGAGAUGAUCAGUAUACAUCCAUAAGGCGACAAACAGGAAACGCACAUGAAAGAGUGAGGUGCCUAGCAAGGUGCCGUAGCUGCCGGGUGCCGUGUUAGCUGAGGCCUGUUUGGGCCUAUGGCCAUAGAAUUGGAGAUGCUGCCUACGUCAAAAUGUGGAAAGGGGCUGCUAAGUUAAGGAUAGAGGCAGCCAUUAUGACAAUUACAGACUUAUUGAUAACUUUGAUGAUCGAAGAAAUUGUCGCAGCAUAACCUUGGCAAUGCUUGAUG